UCCGGGGCCGGGCCCGGGCCCGGGCCCGGGCCGGGCUCCUCGGCCGGCGCCGGCGCCUCCAACCCCCGCAAGUUCAGCGAGAAGAUCGCGCUGCAGAAGCAGCGGCAGGCGGAGGAGACGGCGGCCUUCGAGGAGGUGAUGAUGGAGAUCGGCUCCACGCGGUUGCAGGCUCAGAAGCUGCGGCUGGCUCACAGCCGGGGACCGUACUACAGCGGCUCGCUGCCCAACGUCAAUCAGAUCGGGAGCAGCGUCUCUGAAUUCCAGGGCCCUUUGCAUUCGCCUCUGGACUCGGCACGCAGCACCCGGCACCACGGCCUCGUGGAGCGAGUCCCCCGACGGAUGGUGUCUCCUCUGCGCCGAUACGUGCGCCAUGUGGACAACUCUCCCUACAGCCCGGCCUACCUGUCGCCUCCUCCCGAGCCCAGCUGGAGAAGGACCAUGCCCUGGGGUAACUUUCCCAUGGAGAAAGGACACCUGUUUAGGCUACCGUCGGCUCUCAACAGAACAAAUUCCGAUUCGGCACUUCACACGAGUGUGAUGAACCCCAGCCAGCAGGACAUGUACUUGGGCACCUCGCAGGGCGUCCCCCCUCCCAGUCGCAGGAGUGGUUUUGUGGACGGGGACGUGGACAGUAAAGUGUUUCUUUUCCAAGUGCCUCCCAUCGAGGAGAACUUCCUGGAUGACAACAAGCACUUACUGAAGCCCUGGGACACCAAGAAGCUCUCGUCGUCCUCGGCCAGGCCCAGAUCCUGCGAAGUCCCCGGGAUCCAUAUCUUUCCGUCCCCCGAUCAGCCUGCCAACGUCCCACUCAUCCCCGCCGCCCUGAACACGGGUGGUUCCCUCCCUGACCUCACCAGCCUGCACUUCCCCUCCCCGCUGCCCACCCCACUGGACCCCGACGAGUCGAACUACCCCAGCCUGAGCGGUGGGAGCAGCACCGGUAACCUGGCCAACACCAUGACGCACCUGGGCAUCAGCAGCAGCUUGGGACUUGGAACGGGCUACGGCUCUGCAGGACUUACCUCACCUAUGCAGAGCUCCCUGAGUAACCCCGCCCUGCAGUCCUCGCUUAGCAAUCCCAACCUGCAGGCCUCCCUGCGCCCCCAGUCGCUGAACUCCUCCCUUAGCAACCCCUCCCUGCAGUCCUCCCAGAGCAGCUCCUCCAUCCCCUCCUCCCUCAGCACCCCCUCGCUCUCCUCCUCCCUCAGCAGCCAGUCCAUGCAGUCCUCGCCCAGCAACCCCAGCCUGCAGGCCAGCUUUAGCAGCUCCUCCUACUCCCCCCUGGUGCAGGCGUCCAUAAACACGUCGCCCCGCCGAAGGGCCCCGCUCAGCCCCCUCACCCUCCCAAUGGGCGGCGACUCGAGAAGGCAGCACCCCAAACAGUUCUCACCAACAAUGUCACCCACAUUGUCCUCCAUCACCCAGGGCGUGCCAUUGGACACCAGCAAGCUGCCAGCCGACCAGAGGCUCCCGCCAUACCCCUACAACCAGCCCGGCCUGCUCGUGCAAUCCCAGCAGCCUCUGCAGCAAACUCAGAAGCCCCAGCACCAGACGCAGCCAGCCCGGCAGCAGCAGUCCCAGCAGCACAGCGCGCCCACGCAGCGGCCGUACCUCUCGCAGUACCAGCAUAAUUCCUCACUACAGCAGCAGCUUAGCCAGCCGCUGGGCGACUUCAGCCUGGGCAGCCUAGAGCAGUUCAGCAUGGGGGAGAGCCCCCCGGGCAGCUUCCCGCUCCACCACAACACCUUCCCCGAGGACCUGGGUGCCUUGAACUACCACUCGGCAGAGAACCUGGGCUUCUCCGCCAGCGGCAGCAGCUUCCACGAGCCCCAUCUCCUCAGUCGGCAGAACCUGAGCAACUGCGGCCGCCAUGGGCCCAUCCCCAACAUCGUCCUCACAGGGGACUCCCCGCCUGGCAUCUCCAAGGAGAUCGCAUCAGCGCUGGCCGGGGUCCCCGGCUUCGAGGUGGACACGUCCCUGGGCCUGGAGGAGGAUCUCAAGAUCGAGCCCCUCACCCUGGAUGGCCUGAGCAUGCUGAGUGACCCCUACGCCCUCCUGACAGACCCCGCGGUGGAGGAUUCCUUCCGGACAGACCGGCUGCAGUGAGGGGGACCUGCCCUGGGCAGGUAGCAGAGUGCUGGGGAGGAGAGAACAGACAUCGAGCAUCGCAAACAGGCCUGAUUUCCAGGGACAAACCGCCCGCCCUGGGCCUGGCGCUGUGCCCACCCUCGCUGCCCUGAUCUGCGUGAAACCUCCCAGGGCCAAGAGCACUGAGCAGCUGGGCCCAGGCGCCCGAACUCUGCCAAGAAUCACUCGAAGCCGGGCCAGUGCCAGCCUCUGCUCCUAGCAGCAACCCCUCGCCCUGUGCUGAGAGGUGGCCAGGGCUCUCCGCCCGCUAAGCAGGGGAGGACAUGAGGUCGUCUAGCUCUGUGCCAGAGGUCCGGGGGACCUGCACUUCUGUGAAGGAUGGAGGCUGCCUCCAGGGGCCUCGAGCCUCCAACUAGAUGAGGGGUGGUGGUGAAUGCAGCGUUCCCGUGCUGGAGGGAGUGGGCCUGUGGUGGGGGAGUCCAGGGUCUCCUAACCCCACGGCCAGGGUGGAGGCGAGCAUGGGGCUCUGUGCCCCCAGCUUCCGGGCAACAGUCUGUCCACAUGCUGGCGUGGCUGCGUGUGCAGCCCCGAGCCAGCCAUGU